UGCUAUGGUCAGGGUCAUAGAUUUUAGCUCUGAGUUUGAAUGAAAGAUGCCAGAAACAGAUACAGAAAAGGAUUCAAAAUGAAAACAAACAAAAGGGUUUUUGUUAGUUAAGUCAACAAGUACUUACAAAAUGCGGUAUCUGGAGAUCCCUGGAUUGAAAUCUGAGGGAGACUUGCCGCCGGAAGAAAGAGACUUGAAAGAUGACAUUCCCCUGAAGAAAUCAGGAGCCAUUGGUAGUAAUACUGAUGAUGCAGACGACUAUGGAGACACUGCAUUCCUCUUGACCAACUCAAAGCCUUUCGAGGUUGAACACUCUACAGAGCCUGGUCAGGAGCUCUUCAAAAGAACAGGGACAAUAUGGACUGCAACAGCACAUAUAAUAACAGGAGUAAUAGGGGCAGGUGUACUGUCACUUGCAUGGAGCACCGCCCAGCUUGGGUGGAUUGCAGGUCCAUUGUCCAUGAUAUUCUUUGCCCUCAUCACCCUCAUUUCCACUCUCCUGCUUUGUGAGUGCUACAUGACCCCUGAUCCCGAAUGCGGUCCAAUCAGACACGGUUCCCUCACAGGAGCCGUCAAAUUCUUCUUGGGAGAGAAGAGGCACAGGAUAUGUGCAAUUUUUGUUCUGGAGAGCUUAUAUGGCACUGCUGUUGCAUAUACCAUCACAGUAGUUGAAAGUGCUAGUGCAAUAAAGAAAUCAAACUGUUAUCACAUAGAAGGGCACAAUAGUAGUUGCGGGCAUGUCAAUGCUAAUAUGCUUAUGCUAAUCUUUGGGGCGGUUCAGAUUUUAGUGUCUCAGAUACCAGAUUUCCAUAACAUGGCGUGGUUGUCUAUUGUUGCUGCUGUUAUGUCCUUCACCUAUGCUUUCAUUGGAUUUGCACUUGGCCUUGCAAAAACCAUUGGAAAUGGGAUGGUCAUGGGCAGCAUUUCUGGAGUUCCAGCAGGUAGUGGAGCAGAAAAGUUGUGGUUAGUCUUUCAAGGAAUUGCGGACAUAGCUUUUGCAUAUCCCUAUUCAGUUAUUCUUCUGGAGAUACAGGACACAUUGAAGUCACCUCCAUCUGAAACCCAGAGCAUGAAAAAGGCCUCUAGCAUUUCAAUCGCGACCACCACUAUCUUUUACCUAUGUUGCGGAUGCUUUGGAUAUGCAGCCUUUGGAGACAAAACCCCUGGAAACCUCUUGACAGGAUUUGGCUUCUACGAGCCAUAUUGGCUUGUCGAUUUUGCCAAUGCUUGCAUUAUUCUGCACCUUGUUGGGGGAUAUCAGCUGGUAUGCCAAGUAAUCUUUGCACUCGUAGAAAAGUGGUUUGCUGCUGAGUACCCAAACAGCGCACUGAGGAAGAAUUUAGAUUUGAAGCUCCCAAUGUUUCCAAAAUUUGAGUUGAAUAUGUUUAGGUUUGUGUUCAGAACCGCAUUUGUGGUGACUGCAACUGGAAAUGCAAUGCUAUUCCCGUACUUCAAUCAAGUAUUGGGGGUCCUGGGAGCCUUGAACUUUUGGUCUCUUGGCAUAUACUUCCCCGUGGAAAUGUAUAUUGUGCAGAAAAAGAUUGGCGCUUGGACAAGAAAAUGGGUUCUUCUUGAAGUUUUUAGCCUCGUUUGCAUGGUUAUUUCGGUAGUGGCCUUGAUUGGGUCGGUCGAAGGACUGAUAAGGGCUAAAUUAAGCUGACAAAAAAUUUGCACCAAAGUGGUGAUGAAUUACUCAGAUUUCGUUAUAUGAACAAAUUCGUUAAUCACUCA